UUCUGGUCACAGGUUCAUCUGGACAUGGAGGGCGCUCUCACGGCCCGGGACCGUGUGGGGAUCCAGGACUUUGUUCUUCUAGAUGAAACCACAGAGGAGGCCUUCAUCAAUAACCUCAAAAAGCGCUUUACCAAUGACCUUAUCUAUACUUACAUUGGCACUUUGUUGGUAUCUCUAAAUCCUUACAAAGAGCUGGACAUUUACAGCAGUAAACAAAUGGAUAUCUACAUGGGGGUUAACUUUUUUGAACUACCACCACACAUCUAUGCCUUGGCUGACAAUGCUUAUCACACAAUGCUGACAGAGUACAACAACCACUUUAUUCUGAUCUCUGGAGAGAGUGGAGCAGGAAAGACAGAAGCCUCAAAGAAGAUCCUGCAGUACUAUGCCGUGAGCUGCCCCAGCACCACUCUGCUCAACACUGUGAGGGACAAGAUGCUCAUGUCCAACCCUGUACUGGAGGCCUUUGGAAAUGCCAAAACUCUAAAAAAUGACAAUUCAAGUCGCUUUGGCAAAUACAUGGAUAUUCAGUUUGACAGCCAGGGGGAUGCUGUUGGAGGCCAUAUCCUGAAUUACCUUCUUGAGAAAUCACGAGUUGUGCACCAGAAUCACGGAGAGAGGAACUUCCACAUUUUCUACCAACUUGUGGAGGGGGCAGGGGACAACCUGCUGCAGCAGCUUGGACUGGAGAGGGACUGCCAGCUUUACAAAUAUCUGACACAAGGAGAAUGUGCCACUGUUCCUUCUAUAAAUGACAAAAAUGACUGGAAGACGGUCAAAAAUGCUCUACAAGUAGUGAACAUUGAUGAGACUUACAAUAAUCAUUUAUUUUCCAUUGUUGCAAGUGUUCUCCAUCUUGGGAAUUUGGAGUUUAGUCCUGAUGGCAAAGGUCUUGCCACCCUCAGUAGCAACAGCAAUGAGCUGCGAUGGGUGUCAGAUCUUUUGGGAGUUGAUGCUCAAAAACUCCAUGAAGGAUUCACAUUUAAAAAGAUUGAAGCUAAAAAUGAUCAGAUUCUAAGCCCAUUCACAAUCGAUCAUGCCAUUUAUGCCAGAGAUGCCUUGGCCAAAGCCAUUUAUGGACUCACUUUCACCUGGCUGGUCAACAGGAUUAACGAGUCCAUGGAGAACACAGACCCUUCCCGAAAAACUGUAAUAGGUCUUCUCGACAUAUAUGGAUUUGAGGUUUUCUAUGUUAACAGCUUUGAACAAUUUUGUAUUAAUUAUUGCAAUGAGAAACUCCAGCAACUUUUCAUCCAGUUGACACUCAAGGCUGAACAGGAGGAAUAUGAAGCAGAAGGAAUUGAGUGGGAGCCUGUGCAGUUUUUUAAUAACAAGAUCAUAUGUGAUCUGGUCGAGGAGAAACACAGAGGAAUCAUAGCCAUAUUGGAUGAAGAGUGUCUAAGGCCUGGAGAUGCUACUGAUCUCACCUUCCUGGAGCGACUGGAGGACAAGAUGGCAAAUCACCCCCACUUUGUCACACACAAGCUGGCAGACAAAAUGACCCGCAAGACUCUAGAAAGAGGAGAUUUCCGUCUUUUGCAUUAUGCUGGAGAGGUCACCUACUGUGUUGUGGGUUUCCUGGACAAAAACAAUGAUCUACUAUACCGCACCAUUAAAGAUCUUAUGUGCCAGUCUAAAAAUGCUAUAAUCCAGGAGUGCUUCUCGACUUUGGAUCCAGGCAACAGGAAAAGGCCUGAAACAGUGGCGACUCAGUUCAAGAGCAGCCUCCUGAAGCUGACGGAGAUCCUCAUGGCCAAAGAGGCUUGGUACAUACGCUGCCUGAAAUCAAACGAGUCUAAGCAAAAAGGGCAGUUUGAUGAAGCUCUGGUCCGACAUCAGGUGAAAUAUCUGGGCCUCAUGGAACACCUGAGAGUCAGACGUGCUGGUUUCGCAUACAGACGCAAAUACGAUGUCUUUCUGCAAAGGUACAAACCUCUGUGUCCAGCCACCUGGCCUCACUGGAGAGGGGACCCUGCUGAUGGAGUGGAGGUGCUAGUUCAGCAUUUGGGCUAUUUGCCAAAUGAAUACAAAAUGGGGAGAAGCAAAAUUUUUAUUCGUCACCCAAGAACAUUGUAUGCAACAGAAGAUGCAUUUGAGCGGUGUAAACAUGAACUAGCUACCAGGCUCCAGGCCAAAUAUAAAGGUUACAAAGCGAAAGGAGAGUUUAAAAAACAGAAAGAAGCUGCGACAAAGAUUGAGACCUGCUGGAGAGGAGUCCAAGCUCGGAAAGAGAGAGAAAAAAGAGCCUGGGCUGUCAAAGUCAUCAAACAAUUUAUCAAAGGAUACAUGACCAGAGGCCAAGCAAAAACCACAGAUAACUCAGAGUACCUCGCUUUUGUAAGGCAAAAUUUUUUAAACCGACUCAAAGAAAAUCUACCCAAAACUGUUUUGGAUAAGACAACCUGGUACUCUCCACCGCCUGUGUGUUCAGAGACAUCAGAAAUGCUGAAGAAACUGCACUACCGGCUCCUGGUGAGAAAGUAUGUUAGAGGGAUCACACCACAGAGAAAAGCUCAGCUUCAACUAAAAUUUGUGGCUAGUACACUCUUUAAGGGAAAAAAGGAGAGUUAUCCACAGAGUGUUGCGCAACCCUUUGUGGACACCAGAAUCAAUGAACAAGACAUAAACCCAAGAGUCAUUCAAAUGAUUCGGAAUGAACACAUUAAGUAUAGUACACCUGUGAUAAAAUAUGACAGAAAUGGAUUCAAGCCACGACCCAGGCAGCUGAUCCUCACACAGACGGCUGCAUAUGUAGUAGAGGAUGCCAAGAUUAAACAGAGAGUGCUGUACACAUCUCUUAAAGGGAUAUCAGUCAGUAGUUUGACAGAUGCCAUUGUGGUAUUCCAUAUCACCUGUGAAGAUCCCAAACAGAAGGGUGAUCUAGUCAUGCAAUGUGACUACUUGUUUGAAUUUCUUACCAAACUCAACGUUAUUGCUAAUAAACAGAAUGCCAUCAAAGUAGUUCAAGGGAGCAUCAAGAUUGAAGUCCAGGCAGGAAAAGAGAGUGGUGUGGACUUCAGCAUUGGACCAGAGCCCAUGGUUUACAAGGGCAAGAAUGGACACCUCAUGGUGGUUACCACACGGACCAGGACACGGUAAUGUGAGGGAAUUGGAGAGACACUCAAGACAGCCCUGCAUAUUUCAGGAGACCUCUUUGAAAGAGAUUAACCUGUCUACAGACUACAGAAACAUGCACUUUUUAGAACUCAGUGAA